AUGUCUUCUUUCAGGUUACUGGUAGGAGCGCCUUUGGGUCAAAACCUUCAGCCGAACACAACUAGGUCAGGCGCAUUAUGGAAAUGCCGCUUGACCCCUGCUGUUAGAGACUGCGAACAAAUCAUCACUGACGGAAAGACGAAGUACGGCAAGAUAGACAAGACUUUGGACUCGUAUACACUUACUGCCCCGUAUGAGGAUGAAAUCAAAGAUGGACAAUGGCUGGGCGUCUCCGUUCGUAGUCAAGGUCCAGGACGAAAAGCUGUUGUUUGUGCACAUAGAUAUAUUCGUAAAUCCGGCGAGUCACAGUUUGGACAAGGACUCUGCUAUACUUUGAGCAACGACCUUCAACUUCUCGACUCCUGGGAGCCAUGCAGGGGACGUUCCGUUAACAAAGAACACGAGGAGUUCGGCUUUUGUCAGGUGGGAACGAGCAGUUCCAUUCUAGAAGAUGACACCUUACUUUUAGGUAGUCCCGGUCCCUAUACCUGGAGAGGAACGAUUUUUACCCAUGAUACUAACGACGAUCUUCUAGAAAGAGAUAUGUCUUUCUACAUGGCUCCCGUUGAAGAUGGCUUAAGUCCAGUGGAGAAAUAUAGUUAUCUUGGCAUGUCAGUAACAGGCGCUGGUUUCUUCAACUCAGUACCUUCUUAUGCGGCGGGGGCGCCCAGAGCAAAGGGUACUGGCCAGGUGGUGAUCUUCAGCAAACGGGUCAUCAAGGACUGGGGCAGAACAGAUAUCGAUAUCCUAGAGUACAAUCUAACGCUGAAUGGAGAGCAGUUUGGCUCUAGUUUCGGUUACGAAGUAGCUGCUGCUGAUGUUAAUGGUGAUGGGCUACCGGAUCUUUUAGUUGGUGCACCAUUUUACUUUUCUCGGGACGCAGGUGGAGCCGUAUAUUUGUACCUGAACGUUAAAAAUAGUCUACGUCAGGUAUACGACGUCAAAUUGUCUGGCAAACCUGAAUCUCAGUUUGGUAUUGCGAUAGCAAAUACUGGUGAUUUAAACAAAGACGGUUGCGAAGACAUUGCUAUAGGCAGCCCAUAUGAGGGAAAUGGUGUCGUUUAUAUUUUUAUGGGAGAUAGGAAAAAAGGUUUACAUACGAAAGCCGACCAAGUCAUAAAAGCUGAAUCCCUUCCAAGAAUCAUGAAGACUUUCGGCUAUUCUCUAUCCGGUGGCAUUGAUCUGGACGCGAAUGGUUAUCCUGAUUUACUUGUUGGCGCUUACGAAAACAGCAGCGUCGCUCUACUUCGGACUAGGCCGAUAAUCGAUAUCAAGACUUCAAUAAAACCAUCGAAUACAAUAAUAAACGUCGAUCCAUCGAAACAAGGCUGUGAAAAAGAUCCUACUUCCAGCUACACUUGCUUCCAUUUCGAAGCAUGCUGCAUUAUAAAAUCUCUCGUGAAAUCAACCCAAACAAAUAUGCACGAACUAAGUUACGUCAUCGAAGCUGAAACCUUCGCGGGUGGAAGAAAAUAUUCCAGAGUUCUACUGGAUUCGGAGAAGACAAACAUUGUGAAUAAAACGCUGCGUCUAGGCAAAGAUGUUGAAGUUUGUAGACAGCACAUUGUGUACUUAAAGAAUAAUACAAGAGAUAUUCAAACACCGAUUAAGUUCCUGGUGACUUACAAACUGGUUAACGUAGAACCGGAAUACUCAACGAUAAAACCGCUACCAAACAUCGACGAUUAUCCAGUGUUGAAUGCGACAGCCGUUACAGCAUUCAGCGCAAACUUCCUUAACGACUGCGGUACGGAUGCCGUGUGUGUCAGCGAGCUUCGCGUUGACCCCAUACUGUUGCUGCCCAAGUCGGAAGACGGCCAGUCAUAUGCUCUGACUUUAGGCCAAGAAGAAGAAAUUAAACUUGCUAUAUCCUUGGAUAAUUUAGGCGAAUCUGCUUAUGAAGGACAACUAUUUGUACAGCAUCACGCUAGCUUACAUUACAUCGCAGCUAAUAUUAGCGAUAAACACAUGAUAUGCUCAAGCGUGAACAAAACAAUAGUGUCGUGCUUACUCGAGAAUCCUUUCAAGAAGCAGCCCGACGGUGCUGCUCCUAUCAUCAUGAGAUUUGAUGCGAGAGUUCUAGAAGAUAACGAGCCCUCCGUUACUUUCACGGUGUGGGCCAACUCAACUUCCAAAGAACGCUACCCUGAAAAGAAACCUGCUAAAGUUCAAGCUCUAAUUAUUAAAAACGCUGAACUUUUAAUUAAAGGUGCAGCAAGGCCGGAGCAGGUGUUCUACGGCGGCGAAGUGAAGGGAGAAUCUGCCAUGACUUACUUCGACGAUAUCGGUACACGAGUUGUGCACACGUAUCAGAUAUUUAACGAAGGUCCAUUACGAGUGUCUUCGCUACAAGUGGUAAUUUCAUGGCCUCAUCAAGUUGCUUCGGACAGUCAGCAGGGCAAGUGGCUGCUGUACCCUGAAGACUUACCCACCGUCGAUGGAGAAGCUGAUCAAAAUAAUGGAGAAUGUUUUCUGUCAGAUGGAGAAAUAAACCCAUUAAAACUAACGAUGCGCCCCGGAGCCAUAGAGCCUUUGCUGGAAAAUCUUGAAAUGGAUCCAUUCCUUACUACAGGAAAGUUGAGCGUUAGAUCCGAUGAGAAAACAUCUAAUAGAACGAGGAAGCUUACGGAAUAUUCAACUGCAUAUGAGAACAAAGUGAGAAGAAAGAGAGAGAACGAUGUUGUGAAAGCAGAAGCGUACACGGAUAAGGAUGGACAAAGAAAGCAUGUUGUUAAUAUGAGCUGUCAAAAGAAAACAGCCAAAUGUAUCCAAUUCCACUGCAUCAUCUACGGACUGCGUCGCAUGCAGGCAAGCAGCAUUACGAUCCGAGCUCGACUCUGGAACGCCACGUUGGUGGAGGACUAUCCACGCGUCAAUCACGUCAACAUCGCUUCGACAGCUGCAAUUCGCAUACCUGAUAACUACAAUAUACACCAAAACAAGCACCAUGAUGAUAUUGCCACAGUUGAGACGGUAGCAUAUCCAGACCUGAAGAUUAGCGAACCUUCGGAAGUGCCUUUAUGGGUUAUAAUAGUGUCAGUGAUAGUGGGACUUAUUGUGCUAAUUUUGUUGAUAAUUGCACUAUGGAAAUUAGGCUUCUUUAAAAGAAGUCGACCAGACCCUACCCUAUCCGGGAACCUCGAGAAGAACAAUCACGAAUCCAGUCCAUUUAUAGGAAGGGAUAGAAAUAAUAUUCGAUAG